AUGGAAGAGAACAGUCGAUCAUGGAGACAAGCGGAAACAAAAAAUCACAUGUCAAUUCAAAACGCACCAGAUGAUGUGAAUCUUGUAUUGUCCAUCAAAGAAAAGAUGGAAGAUGUUUCUCUCCUAAGUUGUAUCUGCAGAGUCUCAGAGGGAAGUUCUGAGGACAAUGAAAACAUGUACUUUCCGAAAUUUGUCUCAAUUGGCCCUUUACACAAUAAAAACGACAGUUUGAAAGCCACGGAGGAUCAAAAGUGGCGAUACCUUAAUGCACUUCUCGGUCGAAAACCAAAUCUGGAGGCAAGGUUGGAUCAUUGUGUGAAAGCACUUAAAAUUUUGGAACAAAAAGCUCGGAAAUGCUAUCAGGAAGAAAUUGAUAUGCAAAGCAAUGAAUUUGUAAAGAUGUUGUUACUUGAUGGUUGCUUCAUCAUUGAGUUCUUCCUCAAAUAUGCCAUCAAGGGUCUGAGACGUAGUGAUGACCCAUGCUUCAACACAAGAGAUAGAUUUUUUCGGCUGAGGUGUGAUUUGAUCCUACUAGAAAACCAGAUUCCUUUCUUCGUUCUUCAGCAACUAUUUCACCUUGUUCCGAUUCCCAGACAAUGCAGUCAGUCCCUCACUGAGCUCGCCUUGCAUUUCUUCAGAAUAAUUAUUCCUGGAGAUAUACAAUAUUUUCAAGAGAAGUUUGGCGAAGAGUAUUUCAACCACUUGCUUGACCUAGUCCGCCAGUGUUAUCUCCCAACAUAUCUUGAAGUCCAGUUCAGUGGGGAACAGAAAAUUCUGUAUUGUGCGACAAAGCUUAAAGAAGUAGGGAUUGGCUUCAAGAAGGCUACCACUACCACCUUGUUGAACAUUAAGUUUGUUGAUGGAGUGAUAAAGAUCCCGCCUUUCAAAAUUCAAAACCAUACGGAAAUCUUAUUCAGGAACUUCAUCGCAAUGGAGCAUUGUCACCUUGAUUGCACAAAGUAUAUCACAUCGUAUGCCAUCCUCAUGGAGCAGCUCAUCUGUUCUGACAAAGAUGUGAGAUUACUUCACCAAAGACGAAUUCUCCCCAAUGGUUUAGACAAAGGGGAAGAAAUUCUUGCUCUGUUCAAGAAGCUCCAUGUGAACAUAGAUGUGAAGGACUUCUAUUAUAGGAGCCUUGGUGAGCAAGUCCAUGGGUAUGAAAGAACCAAAUGGCAUCAGAGAAGAGAAGUCAAUUUCUCCAAGUUCUACCUGUAUGAUGGUUUUCCUGAACUUGUCAACUGGUUUUAA